AUGUCUUGCAGCUGGUUUGUUGUUAUUUUCAUUCGUCAAGUACCUACUCUCCAAAAUGCAUUUGGUAGGCUCACAACUUCUCAGGCGUUAGCUGAAGCAAUGCAUCUCUCAAUGUUCACCUUGCUUGUGGCUCCUAUGAUAUUUUUCGAAGUGGAGGCGAUGCAAAAUAUUUCGAGAUUUUUCGGACAAGCUCUAUUGGUUUGUUAUGAUGUGUGUGUUUAUAGCCAUGUUCUUAUCUCGUUGAAUAGAAUGACAGCCGUAAUGCUUCCACUGCAGUACGAUCGAAUAUUCAGCGUGGGAAAUACGAGGAAAUUGGUGUUCGGCGUUUGGUUUCUAUCUAUCACUUCAUCCAUCUACCUUUAUGGAAUGAACGACUGUGAUUUUCUUUACGUGACAGACUUUUGGAAUUUCACGUUCAGCUCGACUCCCAUAUGUGCGGUGAUUGCUUGGUACACAGAUUUCAUGAAGUGUGGCAUUAUCGUUAUAAUCAUUGUUUGUAUCGAUCUGUCCACUCUUAUUCGGGUUCACGCUCUCAAUAGAUCUGUUCACCGUAGAGGUACAUCCAAUCAGCGAAGUCGUAAAACUGAUGAGUUGAACUUCUUGAAGCAGACAUGCCUUCAAGGAGCUCUCUUUGUGUGGGAGCUGCUUUCGUAUUUCAUACUGUACCAAUACUUCGAGAGUCGAUAUAUCAAGUUCUUUUUCACUACCUUCGCAUGGAUCUUUGUUCAUGCGGGUGACAGUUUCAUAACUCUCAUAUUCAAUCGAGAAUUUCAUCAGAUUUGGAAAAAAA